AAGUGUUACAUUGUGUCACUUUUGUUUGGAUGUGUUUCUUCCUGCAGGCUGAUCGGUUCUUUCCGGAUUGCAUGCACAUCUCUUUGCUCCAGGCUCAUUUCAGCUCUAUUAAUCUCACAUUUCUGCAGGUAUUUGUGACGUUUGCAGCUUGUUUUCUGCAGACACUCCCUCUGCAGGAGGAGGAGGAGCUGCUGGGACAUUCCUCUCCAUUUCCUUGCAUAUUGCAUUGUAGUUGCAUUGUUUAAAUCAUGGCUUAUCACGGAUACGGAGCGGCCCCCGGUGGAGUCCCGCAGCAGGAUCCUCUCUACGGAUACUUUACAGCUGUAGCUGGACAGGAUGGACAGAUCUCAGCAGAAGAGCUGCAGCAAUGCCUCACACAAUCCGGCAUCUCUGGCACAUACAAACCCUUCAGCAUGGAGACCUGCAGACUGAUGGUCACCAUGCUGGAUAGGGAUUUUUCCAACAGCAUGGGCUUCACCGAGUUCAAGGAACUGUGGCAGGCCCUGAACGGCUGGAAGACCACCUUCAUGUCCUACGACCGGGACCGCAGUGGGACUGUGGAGGCCCAGGAGAUGCAGCAGGCCCUCACCGCCAUGGGUUUUAAUCUGAGCCCUCAGGCCUUCACCAUCGUCAUGAAGCGACACAGCUUAGCUGGCAGAGUCGUGUUCGAUGACUUCGUGGGCUGUUGCACAAAACUCCGUGCUCUGACUGACCAGUUCAGAAGAAGAGACGUGCAACACUCUGGCUCGGCCACAUUUCACUAUGAUGAUUUUAUCCAGGUCACCAUGAGCAUAUGAAGAGGAAACGACAAAUCAGAGGGGACACACAUGCCAUUUAAAAUCAUUUAAUAUUCACAGCAUGUACUUUCAUUUCGUGUUUUUUUUUAUUGCAUAAUCAUUGUUAUAAAAACACGAUUAACGUUUCACUCUCACAUUCCAUUUUACAAGGAUCUUUUAAACAAAGUAAUGUGUAACAAACUAAGGAGACUAUGCUAACCUUUGUACCAAAGAAAAACCACUGUCAGCCCAUAGAGCUGCAAGUAUGAAAUAAUAAACAUAUCCACCACGAAAUGGCUCCUUUUUUGCUCCCUUUGAGAAUAGUUGAGUUGGUGUUUUUGUUUGUUUGUAGUUUUGAGCUCUGCUGCAGAAUGAAUAAAGCAUGGCAACAAAUA